AUGAAUUUGUUAUUUCCCCUAUGUUUUUAAAAAUCAUUUUCAUACAAUUUAUGUACAUUAUCUAUGCAAAUUCCUUUAUUAAAAAUUGGAAUCAGCUCCAUAAGUUGCCUCUCGUGAGAAACUACAUCCUUGUAAAAAAAAAGUUAUUUAAUAGAGAAAAUGAUCCUUCUAAGAGUAAUCCACCAUUUUUAAAAUAUAACAUAAACACUGGCCUCAUAAAUACUUCAUCAGCCCUAAAUUAUGUAAUAGAUCAAAGUGACAACAGAGCACAGUUAUUUGACCUACACACAACUCUCUUUAAAGACUCUCAGAGCCUCAAACACCUAAAUGCAGGCCUAACAUUAUUUAUAAAUGAUAUUCUUGAGGCUUAUUCACUGUAUUUUUUUGAAUUAGUGCCAUCACUGUACCUCGGUACGGAGCUAGGAAAACACCUUGAAGUGUUUCUGGAGCAAUUUCAGGAGAAGCUCAUCGAAUUGUUCAAGAUAUCAACGUUUUCAAUCAUAGAAGCGUCACCCAGGAGCAAAGUUGCACUAAUUCUGAACUCCAUAGAGCUCAGAUUGAUACUGGAGAAGGUCAAACAACUGUGUAAAUUAUUUAACAAUGAUUAUAAAUUCGUGAAAGUUGAGCUGGAAAUCGAAUCAAUGAAUGAUGAACGGUUGAAAAAAAUAGCACUUUGGUCAGUUGUUCACUCUGAAGCGUUCAAAAAGGGGUUGGUAAUUCUGACUAAGGCAAUAUUGAUGACAACAUUGAACAACCUUUUCGUGCCUCUAGUCUUUAAUUUCGUCUAUAAAAUUAUACCAUCAGGUUUCCCAGGACAUUUUCUCUUACAAUACCUGUUUAAAUCAUUGAAGGUUUCAUUUGUAUAACCAAAUUAAAUAAGGAAGGCUUGAUUAAUCGCACAUUGACCAGUUUAGAAAUUACUGUAUUAAUAAUUGUAAUCUAGUUGAUAUUUUAAUUGAAAUUGGGAUUAUAUAACUUGAAUAAAUUAGACUAACUGAUCGAUUAGGCUUUAUAUUUUGUAAUUUUGUUUAGAAAUAGUGUAUAUUGUUAAGGAUUUAAAUUUUAAUUUAUGAUUGGUAUAAUUGUAGUUAAAUGAGACGAAAAAG